AACUUGGAAGUUAUUCCUCAGCCAAGUUACUGAUCUGAUCAACGACCUUUCUACACAAAUCCACACCAGUGCUGUAGCUCUGUAGCCAACGAAAAGCUGCGACUGAGUGAACUGGGUCAACAUACGUAAAACCGUUGAGGAAAAAUAAAGAAGGAAGGCGAAGGUCGCAAGCCGGUGUUUUCCAGCAGCGAUCAGCUGAUCGACAGUGCAGGGAGCAAGGUUUUUUUCCAGCAUCCCUACUUGAUGUGUGCUGUUCUCGACAUGACAGUGGUCAUUCCUCAAAGUCUCGUUUGUGGUCGACCGAGAGCUCUGUGUGUGUGUUACCUGCAUCCUGCUGGCAGCUGAUGCUGCGACGCGGAGAAGUUAGGAGUGCUGCCGCGAACUCUGACCUGUGGAACGUGCGUGUGUGUGUGUUGCACCACCUACACACAACCAGCGGAGCUGGCUGACUGUGUGGAAGGCGAUCAAUUCAUCCACUUAGCGGUCGCUUGCUCAUGUUUGAAUGCCUGCCUGCUUCGCCAGUCGUGUUUUGCUUGCUGGCUGAUGUCAGCUCGCGAUGUUGGCGACUGUGUCACAUGACGCAUGUAGACACUGGGAAGCGUCGUUAUUCAGAGCUAACAUGACGGCAGAGCAACAGCGGUCGUGAACCCCAGGCGGGCCGACAACCCCCGCAGCAGCAACAUACAAGAGCCACAGCAUCCUAUCGAUCGCCUCCCUUCUUACCAGCCUGCUUCCUGGCUGCCAGACCAUCCCAGGCGCCCCGGCAACCACAGGAGGGACUGGGACCUGCGCCCGGCAGCACGAAGGUGUUUGAGGCCGCAUCAUGGGGAAGGGAGCACACAACGUACAGCAGAAGAAGAGUGACGAGGGCAAGGAGGUGGAACCUCCGGAUGGAGGGUGGGGAUGGGUGGUGGUCUUCUCGUCCUUCCUCAUCCACGUCAUCGCCGAUGGCGUCGUCUACUCGUUCGGCGUCUUUCUGAUCGUCUUCGUGGAGUACUUCCACAGCGGACGUGGCGAAACCGCGUGGAUCGGGGCACUUCAGCCGGCCGUCACCUUCACCGUUGGUCCAUUGGCCAGUGCGCUGACCAACAGAUACGGAUGCCGGGUGGUGACCAUCGUUGGCGCCGUCAUCGGCAGCCUCGGCUUCAUCCUCAGCGUCUUCGCGCCUAACCUCUACUUCCUGUACUUCUCCUCGGGCAUAAUGGCAGGGCUCGGGUUCGGGCUCAUCUAUCUGCCGGCCAUCGUCAUCGUGGCUCAGUACUUCGAGAAGCGCCGAGCCUUCGCCACGGGGCUCGCUGUGUGUGGUUCAGGGUUCGGCACCUUCAUCCUGGCGCCCCUCACAGAAUACCUGCUGGAGGUCUACGGGUGGCGCGGCACCAUGCUGAUCGUGGGUGGCGUCCUCUUGAAUGCCAUCGUCUGCGGGGCGGUGUUCAGGCCGUUGCUAGCCCCGCAGCGUUCCGUCGACGCUGCCGCGGAAGCGACGGGCGGAGGCGACGCGGACCCGCCGCGCGACGAAUGCGGGGAUGCGGCGAAGGAUGGAGUGCAGAGUGUUCACACCCUGGACCAGGAACUGGCUUCGGCGGAGAAGUGCAACAGCCACCUCAGCGACGUGCCACCUGCGGAGAGAGACGCUUUAUUGAGUAAACUCAACGUCGAUCUUGAGCUGGUGACGCUGGAGAGUAUAGAAGAGAUCACCUCAGACAGCGACCUACAGAGCGACCCCAAGGUCUUCGUCGAUGUCGGGACGGUGCGGGCCACGGAGGGUCACAGCAACUUCCUCCUCCGCGCCCCCAAGUUCCACGAUCCCCGGAUCAUCAGCAGCCAGCAGCACCUGGCCCUCAACCGCGGCGACCAGCCUCCGCCCACGUUAGCCGACCUCGCGAGGUCAGACGGGGCGAUACACUACAUGAACGGACAGCCAGCAGCUCGAGGGGAGGCCAAGAAUCUGGUUCUCAGGCAAUUGUCCACCCCGGCCAACCCUACCCCCGUGGUGGCUGCGGGGGUCGUGCGUCCAGUGGGUAGCCGCAAGGACGUUUUCUACAGCGGCAGCCUGCAGAACAUUCCCAUGUACCGCUCCCACCACGACUUGUACAUCACCAGCAUCACUUCUAUCCCCGAGAUGGAAGAAGAAAUUAAGGAGGAGGAGAAGUGCUGCGGGAUGACAGUGUCCACCGAGUUCCGCGAAGCCUUCCGGGAAAUGCUGUCGUUUGCUUUGCUAAAGAACCCGGUCUUCCUUAUGUUCGCCAUCUCCAACUUCCUCACCUCCAUCGGCUUCAACAUGCCUUUCAUAUUUCUGCCGGACAGAGCCAAACUAGCAGGAAUCGACGAGACGAAGGCUGCCUGGCUGCUGUCCGCCAUCGGCAUUUCCAACACCGUGGGCCGCGUGGUGUUCGGGUACGUGGGCGACAUGCAGUGGGUGGACCGCCUGAUGCUGUACAACACAGCGCUGGUUAUCUGCGGGGUGGCCACGGCCCUCAGCCCCUUCGUCGGCGGCAACUACGAACUGCUCGUGACCUAUGCCGUGGUCUUUGGAAUAUUCAUAGGUGUAUACGUGUCACUGACCUCAGUCGUUCUGGUGGACUUGCUGGGCAUUGAACUGCUGACCAACUCUUUUGGACUUCUGCUGCUUUUCCAGGGUGCUGCCACCUUUGUUGGACCACCUAUCGCUGGUUGGUUAUGUGACUGGACCGGAAGUUACGACAUCUCCUUCAACGUCAUGGGCGUCAUGAUCGCCAUCAGCGGAGCCAUGUUGUUUUUCCUGCGCUGCGUGCAGCGGCGCUACGAGCGAAACACGCCGCCGCAGGAGAAGGCCCACCAGAUCGAGAUGGGCAAGCUACAGACCACCAUCUCCACCUCUGCUGCCGAAACCCACGCCUUACCUGAAGAGGAGGGAAUGCUCACCUCCGACCCUAAGCACGAGAAGGCUGUGUAGCGUGACCUGUGACCUGUGACCCCCAAGAGCAUCUCGUGAGCGGCUUGUGGUGAAUGGUGUCAGCGGCAGUGUCCCGCGCUGGAGAGAAUCAUCAGUGUGUGUAUAUGGCCUGCUGCUGCUGAUGAUGAUGAUGAUCAUGAUGAUUCUGGCAUCUCUUAAAUUAAUUUUUUUAUUAAUGAGCAAGAUGAAUUGAGGACUGAGGUCUCGACAAAUGUGAUGGCUGCUUAAUCGGUCUUGCAACGAUAAAACAUCUAAACUGAGAACAGUGCAGCUCUGCUCCUGUUGGAGUUUAUUUUGAUGAUUUUUGUCUUUCACUGUCUCAGAAGGUAGCACCAGAAUCCUAACAUCUCAUCCCAACCAGGUGUGCACAUUAAAGUACACAUGUUUGUCCACACUGAUAGAGACCUUGUAUACUUAGGUUUGUCACAGAAGUACCAAGUGCUUAAUACCUCAAUAUAUAUGUCCAUGUUGCCUUAUGUUUCCUCUUUAUCAAACACUUGAGACUUCUGGAACUGUUCGGAAGCUCAUCUGUCUGAUGUGCUGACUGCUAGAAAAAAAAAUAUUACUCGUGAAGAGGAAAAUGGAGUGGUGGAGAGGAGGUGGCCAAACUAGCCCUUCACUAGUCGACUAAGCUCAAGGAGCAAUGUGAACGAUCCAUCUCUGGGGAUGGUGGACUUGGAGGGAAUCAACACCAGCAGCUUUGGUGUUCUCUCACAUAGGAGAAAGUUAAGUCCAAGUUUCAAGAUGGCGAUCUCUCCUGGGGACCAUCGCCCAGACUGGUGAAAGGAUCUUCUUCAACAAGACAGCGACACUUCAGGGAACAUCCCCAAAUAAAGUUAUUAGAAAGGCUUUUUAUAAAACCUCCCUAUCCGCGCAAGCACUUUUUGAGCUCACUGUUACAAAUUGUGGCAGGUAAAAGAACUCGAGAAGAAUUCCUAUCAAAGAACCGACUUUCAACUUCCUGCGACUGGCUUCCUGCAAAGCUGAAAGGCUGAUAUGAUGUUGAAAGUUAAGAUGAGAAACUUUCUUGCUCUCGCUCCUUGUCAAAACUGUCCGGACUGUAGGCAGAUUCGCAGACAAUGACAAGGCAUUGGACUUUAUUCUGUCUGCGUUGUUUUACAAGGUAGAGAUGAGUGACUGUAAGCAUACUAGUGGAUUUCAUUCAUCCCAAAAAUACGAAAUGAAGAUGAUAUAAAUUUGUACUCUGUGGGCUUCAGACUUUUGGGGAAGUCGGCCACCCAGUGCUGUAAAGGGGAGGCAAUUUGCAUUUUCAUAAAUGUGUCUUUACUUUUACGCUUGCAAUUACUUUUUUGUACUGCUAAUUUCGAUACACUUAAUUAAUCACAUGCUUUAUUUUUUUUCUUUCAGCUCUUCUAACUUCAUCUUUAAGAAACAAUGCCUCACAAGCUCAAAAUUUAUUGUUACUUUAACAGACGCGGUAAUGUUUUGUCAAAUAUAAAACUCUUUAUUUUAUCCUUUUACUAGAAUUUUUAUUUUAAAAGAGCAUUUCAUAGUAAAAUUGUAGAGGUUACAGUUUUAGCAAAGUCGGUCACUGUCACUUUUAGUCAGUCACAAAUACAUGUGUCUAUAUAUACUAUAUAAAUAUAUAUCAGAGAGGAGAGAGAAAUUGUGAGUUUUGUGUAUUGACAUUCACAAUAUAUUUUGACAUUUCUGCUGUUUCCAUUCUUAAUUCAAGUGACGAGAACAAUUCGUGGGAAGUAGUCGACAACUUUUAUAUCUAAAAUUAUUAUCACGUAGCUGUCUCACGUGGCAGGGGAGACUACCUUUGACUAACCUCUACUACCAGUUGCGACCCUUUGUUGCGCGUGAGUAGAGUCUGUUCUGCACAGUUCGCGAAGAGAGAAUGUGUGUGUAAAUCAACUUUGUCUUAUUUGCUCCUGUCUCGAGAGUAGGGCUGCCUCUGUAUUAUGGGUGAGUGUGUUCUGUUGGUAUUGCUGCAAUAUUGUUUAUGCUGCCUUCGCAGGUUGUUCAAACAUGUCUUCUUGUGUCUGCAAAUGCCUUUCUGUAUGAAUACAAACAUUAUUUUCACACAGACGCCUUCCUAAUAUCCAUCAUUCAAAGUAUUUUUGUGUAAAACCAUGUAUUCACAACAUGUUACCACGUGACUGACUUUUGUAAAGACCAAACCGUCAUUUAUGUUCUGACCAUAUAGCUAGUUAUUUGUCUAUCUUUCUAUCCUGAGCAUGCUUGACCCCUGUCUCCGUCUGUAGUCAUUAAUCUAUCUUUCGUCAUUUAAAGCAUUAUACAGUACAUGCCAGUGUCCAGGGUGUCCAGUGUCCACUGAAUUCAUUAACUCUAUUUUCUUUAGUUUUUUUGUUUGUAUGUAUGUUUGUCAUGUUGAGCCAUUUUAAUGUCUCUUUGAUAAAUUGUACUGUAAGGAAAUGUCAUACUUAAUGUGUCAUGUGAUGAAAUUUUCUGCAAAGAGAAUUAUGGACUUAUGUAGGCUUUACGUUCAAAAUAUUUAGCAGUAGUAAGUUUUCAAUGAGGCAUUUCAAUUUGAUGAAUAUAGUCAAUGAAUCAAACUACAGUCGACAAUAAUACUACAAUGAAAGGGCAUUAUACACUACCACUGCCUUUCCACACAUUGGGUGUUCAAACAGCAUUUUUUUAUGAAAGCACAUAACUUCAUUCCUUCACACCAUCGGGUGGAUUACUGUCUCUUGCGACUGAUGUUUAUUCUUUAACUGCUAACACGCUUUGCAGACGACAGUUCCAGAUGAUGUCAAUUAGGCGACUGGACAUUUUUUUAAGAAUCAUUUUCUGCCAUUCAAAGCUGUUUUAUUGAAAGGCCUAAUGUACAAUUAUAUUUUGGGUGAUAUCUAAAAUAGUCAAACAACCAAAGCAACAAGAAGAAACAACAAAUGUCAUCUUCAAAACCACUUGUUCUACAAACCUCCAGAGCACGGACUAUGUAAACGAUUAUCUCCAUUUCUGUCAGUGUGAAUUUAUUCUCGUCAGUAAAAGCAAAUCUCAAACUCACACUGAAUAGUGUGCUGUACAUAUCAGGCCACUUUAUGGUGGGAGUCUAGCUAAUCUUGCUUUACUCAGUGCUUUCCCCGCAAGAAAGUUUCAGUUCGGGUGGAACGUGUGGAUGAAGAGGUGAAACUGAGGAUGUUUUUGAACACUUUUUUUUUUUUAAUAAAAAUAAGUGUUUUCUGAGAUGGUCAUUGGUUGAUCCUAUACUAAAGAAAGUUAUCGCCUCUCGCCACACUUUGUGGUAAAAGUGACUCCCCCUCCACCUUCCCUGAGUUACUCUUCCUUAUGAAUCACAUUCUUCAUGUCUCAGCCCCUCGCCCACCAUAUGAACUGGAUGAGGGCGAGACUACGAUGUGGGCCAGUAUGAAUUCCAUCGUUUAAUAUCCGCAGUCGGAAUUUUAUAAAAAGGAAUUUAUUUAUUUCCAAUGUAAUUUAUCCCCCUUUCCAUUCACCGCUCCUUCUUAGUCCCCCAGAUAACAACAGUAGAAAUAAAUAAAUGAAAAUUAAUAUUUUCGGAUUUUUUUUUUGUUUUUAUUUUUUUUUUUUGUUGUUGUUUUUUGUUUUUUUGUUUUUUUUUUGUUUUUGUUUUUUUUUUGCUUGUUUGUUUUUGUUUUGUUUUUUGUUUUUUUUUGUUGUUUUUUUGUGCAGUGUCUAAUCCCAGGAAGUUAAUUUUCUUGCGCAUUGCUGGCUAUUCCGAAAUGUUCUUACAGACAUCCCUUAUGUGUGCUUGCAUUUUCAGGAUUCCUGUUGUUUCGAAAGCCUGUGCGCGAGCGGUACACACUUUCCUUCAGCACAAAUAUCUUCGCCCCGAUUGCUAAAUAUGUUUAUGGUCGUGAAUUCACACCAGUUGUUAAGUGAACAAGCCUCAAACAACGCUCUCAUUGUGAUAACUGGAAACUUGCCAUCAAAAAUCGGCGAGAACCCGGAUGUUCAAACCGCCGCUCCAUGUUGAAUCCUUUCCUGUUGGCUUACUUCCCUUCCCGCCUUCGUGGCAGAUGCUCCUGUAACAUGUUGUUGUAUGCUCAUUGCCUUUUUUUAUAUACGAUGUAACUAUUUUUGUCUGUCUUUACUAUAGAAGAUCCGGAUGGCCUUCUUGUACGGUCGCUAAGUACAGUGACAUUGCCAAUGCUCUUAUGAAUGACAUACCGGAAGUUUGAAGUAAAAGACAACGCAUUUAUCA